UAAAUUGUGGUAUCUAUUUUUCUACCUAAGAGGCUUAUAAGCCAUACUUCUGUAAUUGAGCACACAAGCCCGCAUAUAUGUGUACCAAUAAAAUAAAAUAAAUCACGAUUAGUGAUUUUAAUGUGUUUGUUUUAAUCUUAAUGUUUUUUUUUAAUUUAAAUAUUUUAGAAGAUGCCUUGCAAUAUUUUUAGAUCAUCUCCAAGAAGUUCUUUUUCCACAGCGACCUACGUUUCCGGCAUGAUCCUGGUUAUUCUGGGCAUUGGCAGUAUAACAGUAUCAAUAGAUCCUCGUCCAUUCUCAAGAAGCUCUUGGACAAUAUUUCUUGUAAUUGGAUUGUUUUUGAUUGCAAGUGGUUCUUUAUUAUUGGUUUUAGUAUCAAAAAUCAAGGCACAUAUAAUAGAUUCUCCAAACAGAAUAGCCGAGAAUGACACCAUCAACAGUGCUGCUGAUUUGUUAGAUGACAAUUUGUAUGAUGAAAUUGAUGGAGCAUCACACGUCGCUUAUCAGAAUACGGUCGAGUCUUUGGAGUCUGUAAGAGCUGUUAGUCAAUGCAUGAUGACCAGAUCAGAAUCUCCAAGAUUGUUUUUCAAAGAGACCUUCGUUUAGGUUCAGAAAUGUGACGUUUAAUUUAUUGGACAGUGCUUAUGAUGUAGGACUUUUUUUUAAAGUACUUUUCUAAGCUCUAUGAAUUUUAAUAAUGUUUUAACAGUUUAUUAAUGUUUUUAACAGUUUAUUCGCAUUGAAUAUUUUAAUAGACGGUAUUCCUCUUCCACUAUAAUAUAAACAAUGAAAAAAGUAACAUUAAUAGUUUAUCUGACUUGUCUUAAGAUAUUUUGAGUGGAUAUUUAGUGGAGCCUAAGAAAGUAGUUAGUCAUAGCAUGAUCACAUUAAAAAAAAAAAAGUCAGUAAAUAUUGAUUAGUAUAGUAUACUUUCUAUUGAGCGGUAUACAACGAAAUUUUGUAAAAAUUUCAUAUUAACUGUAGGAAAAGGCUGUAUAGAAUAAUGAAACUCAUACACUACGUGAACGAUUUUUUUCUCCGAUAUAUAAUUUUUUUCUAUUGUACGAAUUUUUACAGCAAAAAUAUUUUUAACUAAUGUUAAAAAAUAUAAGAAUGCUCAAUUCACUAAAGUGCAAAACAUCAAAAUGUAUCAUGUAUAGUUCUGCUGACUUGCCAGAUAAAAAUUUAUAGUACUUACUUAUGAAAUAUAGCAUAUUGCUUCCUAAAAUUUAGUGAAGAGGAUACUAUGUUCACUAAAAUGUCUUGUAGAGCUACAUUCUUACAAAUGUCUUAUAGUUCGAUAAAUAUGAGGUCAAAAGAUAAAAAAAAUGUAUUUAAACAAUUCACAUUUGUUAUUUUAGUUAAUUGAUUGACUAAUUUCUGCAAAUAAAUUUUUUAAAAAC